AUGUUUGAUCAAUCGACGGGUCAAGUUUUCAAAGAAGUCGUUGCUCCACGGCCUCCAGAUGCUUACCAGCAUGGCCGAGACUGGUCCAGGCGGACGGGUUUACCGCCACGCAAAGGUCGCAGCGGACAGGGUAGAAAAGGGCCCAGGUCUCUGGCCGACAUGGCCAUGCACUUAAUAGCAGAGAAUGUCGGCGAUUUGACGGAGCAACAUCUCAGUCGCGAUGAUUUGCCAAGACGAUAUUUGUGGAGGAUAUGGCGCUUACUGGAGAACAGAGGCAUAUGCUUCCAGGCGUGGAAGAUUUUUUCCAAGUUUCUUCUUACUGAGGACGAUGAAAAGACAUUAAGUCUCUACCGGUACCGCCAACACAUUUGUCAGCCAACUGAGUCGCUCCGUCAUUACCUCAGACCACUCGAAUCUCAUUCUUUUGACUUUGUUGCGCAUCUCGUCAUUGCCGGUGGCUGUUCCUUUUCAGAAAAUGAGCUACUGGCACUUGCAAAUUUGAAGAACCUUGCGAUUCUCGAAAUCAUCCAGCCACCUGAUGAUCUCCGCGCCGUGUUUCCCAUUGUUGACGACCGUCUCAUCAGAAGCUGGUCAGAGAUGAACGAUCCGUUUCCUCUUCUCAGGAUUCUAAGACUAUGGAGUGACGAGUCGACAAGCAUGCAUUCACUCAAAUACGUAUCAAAGUUCCCGUCUCUAAUUGUCUACGAUAUCAACGCAGCAAGGAGUGACUGGAAAGGUGCUGCCGACUCAGCAUUAGACGAGGGCUGGGAGAUGGCAGAGCCAUUACAUGGUCCCCAUGAUUCUCUUCUAUGGUAUCUAAUGCUGUUUGACUCGGUGGAGGAAAGCAAACCAAGACAACUGCAAGGUCUGGCCCGAAAUAUCGAUGAAGGAUUGAUAAACUUUUGCCAAAGCAGCAGUCAACCCAUUAAGUUCGUUUCUGCUCAAGAGGUACCCUCUUUCCUCGAUCAUAUUGGGGAUGCCGCUAAAAGGAAUCUCUCGCUAUAUGUUGACGUCCCCGGAUACGAAGCUCAGACGUGCAAAGGUUUUCCAUUCGAGACGUGGGCCUUUUGGCUGUACUCCUUCAUAGGCCAGCUCAUCAAGGACGAGGACUUGAAAAGAGCCCAACUAAAAUCAGAGAGAAAGACAGUUUCCGAGAAAUUGAUUCUCCCCUCCAAGCCUUUCGCUUGUCUACAGUUGGGCCACUAUGGAGGGAGACCGGGGAUCACACCAGCCGUGUCCUACGUUCGACGAGGGCUGUUUUCCACAGCGAGAUAUACAUUCUUCAGGACAUCCUCAGCCAGCAGCAGGCAGGAAGCUGUGCGUAAAAAUAUGGAGCUGAUGAAACCUACCGUACAACUUGGAAACGUUGAGACAGGGCUAAAUCCCAAUCGGAAAAAGAGACGACGGCUUGAUGAUAUUUUGCAGUCUUUUUUGGGUUCAUGA